AUGUCGAGGAGUCAAGCAUCGUACAAGGUGCUGGUGGCAAAGUUUAAUGACGUCAUACUCUCAUUCAAUGAUAUCUGGAAGUUCGUCGAGAAGUUUCCGACGGAUGCUACCGCCAGCCAGAUUACUGUCCGUUUGGACAGGCUCGACGAUUUGUGGGAACGGUUCUCGGAAUAUCUUAUCGAGAUCAAAACUCACGAUAACCACGAUGAUGAGGAGAACCCUUACGUAGUUGAGCGACAGAUGUUUAGUGAUCGCUACUACGAAGCGAAGGCGUUCCUGUUGGAAAAGGUUAAGUUGAAAAAGGAACCAGAGGACUUGAACCAGUCUGUGAGGGGUCUAAACACGUCUGGACUUGGGAACCUUGAUCAUGUAAGGUUGCCUCAGAUCAAGCUUCAAACCUUCAGUGGGAACAUAGAGGAAUGGCUCAGUUUUCGGGAUCUGUACUCUUCUCUCAUCCAUUCCAAGGCAGAUCUUCCCGAUGUAGAGAAAUUCUACUACCUCAAGGGAUGUCUCCAGGGCGAACCGAAGAGUUUAAUUGAUUCUCUCCAAAUCACUGGGGCGAAUUACAAAAUUGCUUGGGAUCUACUCCAAAAGCGAUACGACAACAGCAAGCACUUGAAGAAACUCCAAGUUCAAGCUCUUUUCAAGCUUCCCAGCUUGACGAAGGAAUCUUCAACGGAUCUGCAUACACUCGUGGAAGGCUUUGAAAAAAUAGUGCAGACUUUGGAUCAAAUUAUCCAACCCGGAGACUACAAGGAUUUAUUGCUGGUCAACCUCCUUUCCGCGCGACUGGACCCUGUGACGCGCAGGGGGUGGGAGGAGUUCUCUUCUGCGAAGCAACAGGACACGGUAAAGGAACUGACUGAAUUCCUUCAACGUCGCAUCCGCAUGCUGGAAUCACUUCCGGCGAAGUCAGUGGAUACGAGGAGCGGCUCUCAAUCUCAGCAAUAUGUGAGGACCAAGGCAUCUUCAGUAAAAACCAGUUUCAGUACCGUACAAACACCGGGAGGACGUUGCGCCGCUUGCAGUGCCAACCACCCAUUAUUCCAAUGCAGUGACUUCCAGCGGAUGCCGAUACCUGAGAGGGAAGCAGUCCUGAGAAAUCAAUCUCUCUGCAGGAACUGCUUCAAACCCGGACAUCACGCGAAGGAGUGCCAGUCUAAAUUUUCCUGCAGGCAUUGCAAAGGUCCACACCACUCCCUUGUAUGUUUCCGACCGGACAAGGAUAGCUCUGCUCGGUCAUCGAUGGCUUCGAAAUCUCCGAAACCUACUUCGCCGAGGGAAGUACAAGACCCCACUACUACGAGAACCAAUGCUCCGAUCAAUUCCAGCACGUCUACUUCGUUAGUCUCGAAUAUGGCGGCUAGUGACACUGUAACGGCUCUUGGGUCGGUCUUUAGUGCGCAGGUUUUGCUGGCAACAGCCAUCGUUAUCGUCGAAGACAAUAGUGGACAUCGUUAUCCGGCACGAGCUCUCCUGGAUUCGGGCUCGGAAAGUAAUUUCGUAACGGAGAGAUUGAGUCAGCGAUUGAAGACAACACGUAGCAAGGUAGACAUCAAGAUCCAUGGGAUUGGUCAAGCGGUGACCAGCGUCAGGCAGCGAAUUGAAGCUACCAUUCGAUCGCGAGUGACGGAUUUCUCACAGCGCGUGAGCUUUCUUGUGUUACCCAAGGUCACGGUCAAUCUGCCGACGUCCUCAAUCAACAUCGCGAAAUGGAACUUAGCAGAUGGAAUCGAAUUGGCUGAUCCAUCGUUCAAUGUGUCCAUGAACGUGGACAUGGUCCUAGGAAUUGAAUCAUUCUUCAAUUUCUUUAGGAAUGGACAGCAGAUUUUGUUGGGAGAACAUUUGCCGGCUCUCAACGAAUCAGUCUUCGGUUGGGUCGUUUGUGGUGGUGUGUCUACUCCUAGUCAGUCGCUGAAUAUCAGUUGCAAUAUGUCGACAUCUGAAGCCCUAGAUGAGUUGGUAGCUCGCUUUUGGUCCAGUGAGGAAGUUGGAACGACGAAGAACUAUUCACCACAAGAAGCACAAUGUGAAGAGCAUUUCGUGCGAACGGUUCAACGUGGGGAAGAUGGCCGUUACACAGUCUCUCUACCGAAAAAUGAAGAGGUUUUGAGGUUGAUAGGAGAAUCGAAAAACAUCGCAAUUAGCCGUCUUCAAAGUACCGAGCGCCGAUUGGCAAAGGACGCUGAUCUUCGUAGUCAGUACUGCUCUUUCAUGGAGGAGUAUCUCCAGCUUGGCCAUAUGGAUAAGGUCGAGGUUGAUCAAGUCUCGCCGGGACGCUGCUAUCUACCGCAUCAUCCAGUUGUAAAGGAAGCUAGUAUGACCACCAAGGUUCGCGUGGUCUUCAAUGCUUCAAGCGAGACGUCGACAAGGGUGACGUUGAAUGAUGCACUGCUGGUGGGGCCAAUCAUCCAGGAUGAUCUACGAUCAAUAAUUAUGCGGAGUAGAACGAAACAGGUGAUGCUUGUUGCGGACGUUGAAAAAAUGUUCCGGCAAAUUAUGGUUUGUAAGGAGGACAGACCGUUACAAUCUAUCUUGUGGAGAGCAUCACCGGAGGAAGAAAUGAGUACGUAUGAGCUGAAAACUGUCACCUACGGUACAAAACCGGCUCCGUAUUUGGCGACCAGGGUUUUGAAACAGCUGUCGGAUGAUGAAGAAGGAAAAUUUCCACUAGCGGCCAAGGCAGUACGGGAGGAUACAUAUAUGGAUGAUGUGAUAACCGGUACAGACGACGCGGAUGAGGCAGUGAACAUGAGAACGCAGUUGCAGGAUCUCAUGAAGGCUGGAGGAUUUAGGCUUCGCAAAUGGGCAUCCAACAAAUUAGAAGCGCUGGACGGAGUUCUACAAGAAGAUUUAGCGAUCCCAUCAACGAAGGAGAUUUGCUUGGAUCCAGAUCCAUCGGUGAAAACACUCGGUUUAACAUGGAUGCCGGGAACGGACACUCUUCGCUUUCAAUUUACCGUCCCGAGUUUGGUUGAUCUGGAACCGCUUACUAAACGGAAGGUUCUGUCGGUGAUUGCUACGCUGUUUGACCCGAUUGGUCUCAUUGGAGCUACAAUUACGUCCUUCAAGGUGUUCAUGCAGCUUCUGUGGACAAUAAGGGACGAAGAUGGGGAACGACUGGACUGGGACCAAUCGCUACCCAAAACGGUGGGUGAGACAUGGCGAAACUAUCAUCCACAACUGCCAGUUCUCAACCAGAUCAAGAUCAACAGAUGUGUAAUCAUUCCGAGGGCAGUGAAAGUGGAGCUGCAUUGCUUUUCAGAUGCGUCAGAGAAGGCUUACGGUGGAUGCAUCUAUGUUCGGAGCGAAGAUUGCGAGGGAAGUGUUCUGGUGCGACUUUUUGCGUCGAAAUCAAAGGUUGCACCUUUGAAACUUCAAACCAUUCCAAGGUUGGAGCUGUCACUGGAUCACAUAGUGGGAGACCGCGACAGUUGUCCCGCGAAUAACGCGAAGUGUCGGAUCUGUGGAAAACUGAACCACUUCGCGAAGGUGCGCCGAUCGAAGAAGAAUGAGGACGAAGAGAAUGAGCGGAAGAUGGUUCGUAACCGGCAAAACCGUACGGCGAAAGUGAGAACGGUAGACGACAACGGCGAAAGUCGUGAUGACUCUGAGUAUAUUGCGGUUGUGGAAAAAGUGAAUGUGGUGGAAAUUUGCGUACGGAAAAGCAGAUUCAAAGGCAAUUCAGUGUCAGAUGCGAAGGUUUUUUCGACCUUCGAUGUCCGCAACGGAUUCUGGCAUGUCGAAUUGAAUGCCCGAAGCUGCAAGCUGACGGCGUUCUGGACUCCUUAUGACCGAUAUGUCUGGAAGAGGCUGCCUUUUGGACGAUCGUGCUCGCCGGAGGUUUUCCAGCAGAAGCUGUGCCAAGCGCUACAAGGACUGGAAGGAAUCGAAGUUCUAGCGGAUGAUAUACUGUGCGUCGGCAGAGGAAAGACCGAACAGGAAGCGGCGAAGAAUCACAACCAGAAUCUUACUGCUCUGUUAGAACGCUGCAAGCAGACAGGAACAAGGCUGAACCGGACGAAGAUGCGCCUGAAUCGUUCCGAGGUGCAGCGCUAUAAGUAG